AAACCAAAACGGGAAGUCCAGAUACAAACACUGCCGUUCAUUGGUCGAGGAGGAUCCUCUCUCUCUCUCCUCUCUCUCUCUCAUCCGCAGUAGCAUUCCCCGCCAAAGACGAUCCCGAUUACAUUCCAAGACAUCAUUAGCAGAGCAGAGGGGGAAGGAAGACCAACGAUGACGUCGUUUGCUUUGUCUUCUUCACUGUCCUCCUCCUCCAUAAAGCCCUCGUUGGUUUCCGUUAGGGCUACGACCCCCUCCCUCCUCCGUUUUCCCCCUCCUUCUCUUUCCUCCUCCACCCCUCUUCGCUGUAGCGUUGCUUCCUCAAGAAUCGGCCCCGUUCGAUGCGUAUCUGCAUUAACUCCUGAGUUGAAGACCACUCUGGAUAAAGUUGUUACAUCACACAAGGUGGUUCUUUUCAUGAAGGGGAAUAAGGAUUUUCCACAAUGUGGUUUCUCUCACACUGUUGUCCAGAUAUUGAAGUCUCUCAAUGUACCUUUUGAAACAGUAAACAUACUAGAAAAUGACAUGGUGCGUCAGGGACUUAAGGACUAUUCGAACUGGCCAACCUUUCCUCAACUCUACAUUGAUGGGGAGUUCUUUGGUGGGUGUGACAUUGCUGUAGAGGCAUAUAAGAAUGGGCAGCUGCAGGAACUGUUGGAGAAGGCACUUUGCUCUUGAUGAAUCAGAGUUUAGGAAACUCAAGUUUGGUGAAGGUUUCAUUUGCACCAGCACUCACUCCGCCACAAGAAUGUUGUAUUGAUUAUGUGUCAGUUUGUUGGAUUGCAAAAACGUCAGUUGUACUCUGUAUACUUAUUCUCGGAUACAAAUUGAUACUAAUCAAAAUCGCUUCUUUUCAAUAAAGAAACCAGUGGGUCUCAAUUGUAGAACAGUGAGGACUGAGGAGUAUUUGUAAACCCAAUAAAAAGAUUGUUGCACAGA